UCGAGUAGGACCACUUUCGGGCCAUAACGAAUUCUAAGUUCGCGCUAGCAAUUGCCUUUUCCGAUAAAAGGAAACAGGCUAAUUCACUCCAGUAGCGCACCGUGUACGGAUUCUACAGUACCUACUGGAAUUACCACCAAGCGAUAAGAUUGCGCGAGAGUACGGUUUCCGAGUAUGAGUACGCAACGGAUGUUGUUCGGCGUAGUCAGCGAAAUCAGUGGACAUCUGAAGUUGAAUAAGUACCAAUGACCAAUUAAAUUAAUUGCUAGAUUUGAUGGGUGUUAGGUGGAGAGAGUAGUUUUGAAUCACCCACGCCAGUGAUGUGAAGAUUUAUUGACUGCUGGUUCCAGCUACAAAUCCAGCGAAAAAUGUGUUUAGUACAAUCGCAAUCGAAAAGUGUUAUCGAAACAACGUGAUCAGAGUGAUGGUUAGUGCGAAGAAAAUAAAAUUUCCAAAUAUCCAAUUGAUAUUGUUGACAGUGCUGGUGCUGCUCGACGUAUUGGUGAUUAGUGAACUCAGCACGCUGAAGCCAAACGAUUUGGUGGCAUCAGUACAGUAUGGAGCGGAAUUUCCGGCAUCGACCACGUUAAAGUAUUUAAAGCCGAGUAUGGUUGAUCGGACAACAGUCGCUACAACAGCAGUUAUACAAGGAUUAACAAAUAUUUAUGACAUUACUUCUAGUGUGACUGAAACAUCCGAAGAUGAACUGUCGAAUGACAUUGAUAAUGGUGCGCGCAAAUCUUGCCUAAUCUUCGUAACGAACCCUGGGGAAGAAUCAAACUACACCCAAGAGGACCUUCCAGAUUCUCGAUCAUUCGUGUUUGGUACAGAACCCAACUCUGCGGACUCCAAUCAGAGCCUGUCCAUAAUCAACGUAGCCAUCUCAUAUGUAUCUGCGCAUGUCGCUCAAAUUUGUUUGGAGUUUUUAGAAGGCUUCAGGGAGUACGUAACGUCUGUAGUCGUUCGUGGAGAGAAUUUCUACAAAAUUGUGAAACCAGAUGACGAUACCUUGGAAACAAAAGUUAACCGUUGCAGCAAAUACAACUUGAACGUAACGAUUACGUACCGCACUGGUCAGUAUGACGAAAGACAGCUGUUCGCCGAUGAACAUAUUUGGCAGUAUCCGAUUAGAGUGCUUUGGAACAGUCCCAAUAGAAUAGAUUGGUCCUACCCAAAAGCUGGGCUCGAAUGCAUCAAACAGUUUCGAGUAGAUGCCGAUGUAUCUGAGGAUCACCAUUGGCAGGAGUUGGUGCCCGUUCGUAAUAUCCGAGGUGUUGUGGAGAUUUUCAAUGUUUCAUUCUGGAAUAUUAGUAUUGUUUGUAACACUAAAAAUGUUACCAUUACACCGAUUUAUGUCGACGAUGUAGAUGGGAAGUCGUUGACAUUAGCCUCGGUGCUUACUUCAAGUAUUGAUCCAAAGGUUGUGAUUAAAGAUGGGUUUUUGGUUGUCGAGUGGAAGAUCAAUGAUGUUCCAAUGUGUAUUGAGUCAUAUUUAAUUGAAGAGUGGUCAAAUAAUGGAAAAGUAGCGGAGCAAAACUACAUAAGCCAGGAUGAAGACGCCAAAGACGAGAUAUCAGUCCGACUGAACGCAGAUAAUAUAUGCAUACUGAAAUCAAUCAUUGUCACAUCAAUAUUGAUUGAUGGUUCACGAUGGAAGACAACACUUCAGCUGUGGGAUACGAUCCAGCAUCUCAGUAUACAUCAGGUCAACAAAAGCUCAGUGCAGCUAAAUUGGAAUGUAACAGAAUCUUAUUCAAGUUGUGUUAAGCGCUAUAAGGUUUUCGAAGAAGGUGACCUAUCGCAAACUUGGCACACAGCAACUUCGAACUUAGAAAUUAACGAUUUGGAGCCCUGCAAGAACUACACAUUCGUGGUAGUCCCGAUAGACCGAGAUGAUGUACAACAUAUAUCUGCCAAAAUCUCAGUGACACUGUCCGAACAACACAUCUCCGAAGUUCAAUAUGUGCAGUUGCUGGAGAAUGAAUAUCGCUGGAAAUUGCCUGCAGAAAACGUAUACUGUUUAAGUCACUUUUUAGUAAUUCAAACUACGACGGAUGGCGAACAUUUGCUUACCAACAGUACCAUUGAUGCGGACAUUUCUGAUCUCAGUAAAUCCGAAACAAAUUUUUACCGUUAUCGCAAAAUUGCCGACAUACCUUGUGCGCUAUACGCCAAUGUUCAAUUGUCCAUAAUUCCCGUGUCGAGAAGCUAUCGAUUAGGUGAUGGUUAUGAUGCAAUAGUUGGGCUUCCCCGGCCAGGUCCAGUACAUCAACUGAGAGCAGACACAAGCGUUGAACGUCAAAUCACUUUAUCCUGGAGUAAACCCAUCGUGAAACCGGAAUGCACCAGCCUGUACCGAAUUUCCUACGAAGAUCGCAACAUAACAGUCUUGCCAAGCGAAACCACGGUCACAAUCCAAAACUUGAACGCCUGUGUGGAGUACAACUUCACAGUAGCUCCGGUGGACUUUGCUGGCGAAGACUGCGAAGGAGUAACUGUCAACGCGACUGUCAAGGAGGAAAAAUUGAGCGGAGUGGAGGACUUGGAGCUGGUCGAGGUGGAUCCUCGUUCGUUGAUGGCCAAGUGGAAACCCCCCGUCAAUGGGACUUUCUGUGUGGCAUCGUACCGGUAUGUGGCAUGGGUUGACGGGGAAGGUAGCAUCCCGGAACAGAUUUCCAAUUCAACCACGGAUCUUUAUGUCACUUUUGUGGAGGUGUACGCCUGUACCAAAUAUAACGUGCAAGUUAUUCCAGUUUCCAAGGGAAACAACGAUGGGAACAACAGGAUUGAGGAGCUUCAAACGAAGGAGAGAGUCAUCCUAAGGUACCACAUAGACCCGGUGCGUGUGAAGACUCAGUACUCGAGAAGUCUAGAGCUGCAGACCGCAUUGACCAGCGAUAACAACAAUAUGUGCCAACUCUUCCAAAUACGAUUCACCUGCACUACUAACAAUGUUCCUGAAGGCGAAGAUCCCAUUGUGAUUAUAGGAGAAGCUCGUAUCAUAGACAUGAACGCUACGUUCUCAGCGAUUGUCUCUCCGUUAACGCCAUACAAUGAGUACAACUGUACAGCGUCGAUUCUCAAUAAGGCCGGUUGGUCCGACGAAUCCUCUGCCGUUAACUUCAUGACGGGGGAAGAUUUUCCAGAGCAGCCACGAAAUCUACAGCUGGUGGGUGGUUAUCGUAUGAUGGAGUUACGCUGGACAGCACCCCGAGUUAAGAAUGGAAUCAUCACUCGCUAUCGGGUGCAUGUGAGGUCAGAAGGUGCACGCUAUCCAAAUCCUAGUUAUUGCCCCGAAAUCGACCCGUACAAUACAACAUUCGAUCUACACGAGGAAGAUGAUAAUACUCGUGUAAGCUGGAACGAUGAUGAGCUGGAUCACAGAAUAUCCUCGUUGAAUCCCUACACGGAUUACGUUGUUCAGGUUGCUGCUGCAACUAAAGCUGGUUUGGGGCCAUACACCGAAAUGGUAUCCGUUUCAACACUCUCGGAAAAACCGGAGCCUGUUCUUCAAUUCGAAGCAUACAAUGUCACACUUCCCGAAUUGGAUAAGCCGUACAAUUCGACUGUGACUCUAACGUGGCAAAUACCAUGCAACCUGAACGGGCGGUUGCGAAACUUCACGGGGCGUUUCGUUGGUAUUCGAAAUGGACUGGAACACACGUUCGAUUGGAACCGAAUUAUUGAAUCGGGGGAGGAAAUCCGAGAAAACUACAGCUUUACGGAAGCAACACUUGAGCCGGAGUUUUUAUACAACGCCUCGAUCAUGAUAUCGGUGGAUGAUGUCGCAGAUAGAAGUGACGCCAUGUUCCUGAGCUUCGAAUCCCCGGCGGGCAUUCCAGAAAUCGCUGAAGAUAUCAAUUGGGGUACGGUCAGCGUGAUGAACGCUCCGAACCCCACACAAUCGGCAAUGAUCAGUCUUUCUGACAUCGUUUUCGAGUGGAACGUAGGGAGUAUUCAGUAUGUGGCGCUUAUGGUAUCCGAACGUCAGUGCCAGGAGGAUCCGUCUCCACAAAGAAACCUUUCCAAAGAUUGGCCUGAUGUGCUGUCGUGGAGAACUGCUGUCGAAAUAUCGUGUACUCCUCAGUAUCAGACAACACCGAGGCAGUGGAAUCCCGUGGGACAAAGGAAAUUGCGAGGAAGAUCGGAUGAGGAGAUCUUAUUUGUGAUCGGUAGCGAGACUUGUGAAACAGAAGAGGAGUUCUGUAAUGGUCCACUGAAACCAGGGACAGAAUACGCUCUGAUCGUUCGGGUUUUCACCAACAGCGGAUACAGCGAUUCGACGAUGCAGAUCUUUCGUACUGAUGCACUUAUUCAACUGACCGUUAUAAUAGUUUCCAUUUUCGCUUGUCUAUUACUUGCGUUUUCUUUGGGGUUGGUGAUCCUCUGGCGAAAACAAAAACUAACGUUGCUGCCACAAACUAUGGUCCGUUCGCCAAACGAUGAACCUGCUGAUAUACCCCUGAAGAGCUUUUCAGGAAUCUAUGAAGAAUUGGUUCAAUCGAACCGGGAUAAGAUCAACAAAGAAUAUCAAGCAAUCAACUUUUUCUCGGAUCAGUUGAUUAACGAGAAGGUGACAUUUACGGUCGCCAAGGAAAACGAACGGAAAAACCGCUAUCUGGGUAUUUUUCCAUAUGACAGCAAUCGGGUUCCAUUGGAGUUUGACGACAUCCUAACCGACGAAGACGAGGAAGUCAACGAUUACAUCAACGCGUCGUUCAUCAACGGGUACAAAUAUCAACGGGAGUACAUUGCAACGCAGGGUCCGAAGAAGGAAACUUGCUUCGACUUUUGGCGAAUGAUUUUGCAGUACGAGGUGGAAUCGAUUGUGAUGCUGACGCAGACCGUUGAGAACGAUCGAAUUAAGUGCUAUCAAUACUUUCCGAAGUUCAACCAGACCCUGCGCUUCAAGGAUGUGUCGGUCAAGUGCACCCAGGAGCUUAAUUUGAGCAUCUAUCAGAAGCGAUUGUUUCUGGUGACAAGGAAAAAUCUGACUAGACCUGUGUUUCAUUACCAUUUCUUAGCGUGGCCAGAUCAUGGCUGCCCUGCCAGUGCCUCAGAUUUGAUCAAGUUUAUCAAAAUAAUUCGAUCAGAGCGAAAGAACUUAGCUCUUCCUGUCGUCGUUCACUGUAGUGCCGGAGUUGGACGAACGGGGACGCUAAUAGCGCUGGACAUUAUUCUGCAGAGAAUUCAGCACGAGAAGAAAAUCAAUAUCUACGAAACGGUUAAGCAGCUGCGUAACCAACGAGUCAAGAUGGUUCAAACCAGCGAGCAGUAUGCUUUCUUGUACCACGCGUGUCUGGAGUACACAACCAGAAAUAAUAGAAAAAAGCCAAAUAGCAGUGACGAAGAAACUACUUCGUCGACGAGGAGCGAUCCGAACGCGCAUAGCAGUCUGGCGCUCAAAAACGGCCGGCGAAAUAUGAUCAACAUCAAGUUUCCUAAAUAUGUGCAUAGUGGCAUCUCAAAUGUUAAAAGUUACGUACCGGAUGAUGUUCAAAGUAGUACUUAGCAUGGCGUGGUACUGUUGUAACCACCUACGUAUGAAUGUGCCAUUUCUAAUACUGAAACAGUAUUGUUCCUUAGGCGAAGAUUAAAGUUACAAAAGUGUAAUGUUUUAUGUAUGACAUAUAAUAGGUGGUAUAAAAUACUAGUCAUUUGAGUAUAA